AUGGCUUUCGCGUUGCUCCAACCAGCUUGCCUCGCUGCUCCCUUCGGGCUGCUCACCCACCCACUACCUCCUUCACCACCUUCGUCCCGCACGAACUGCCCUCCACCGCAUCCUUCAGCGGCGCGAUUUUCCUACCUGCAAUUAGACGGGCAGCCCGCCGGCUGCCCUUUCGGGUUAGAUCUCCAUCAAUAUUGGUCCGUUAGAAGCUGGGAAGGCAUGCUCUCCGAGCUGUUGACGUCCGCUAGUCGCUGGUGGUUCUUACAGCGCCUGUCGGCACGUCCUUACCUCGCUAUCGCCGCGAGAAGAGCUGCUCCGUUCUGUUUGCUGCGCGUGGGCACGUGCGUCGCAUGA